AUGACCUUUGAUGGCGACAAAACCCUCUAUCUCCACGCGCGAUGUCCUUCCCAGGGUGGCCUUUCUGACUUCUGGGCAUUCAACAUUGAGACUUUAGUAUGGAUAGAGAUCCCGCCUGCUCCUGCUACUGCACGUCGAACCACAUCCAUUGCGUUUUGUCAAGCGGAGCUCUACCGCAUGGGUGGCUUCCAUAGAAAGACUGAACUAGGCGGAAAUAUUAACAUUUACGAGCCCUCUGUCAAAGGAUGGACCACUACAUCGUUCAAAGUUGAUGAGAUGCACGGCCCAGUUUGA